GGCGUGUCUCUUCGUGUAACUGAGGAUGCGGAUGCAGCUGUGGACACGGCUGUCUGUGGUUGUCUGGAAAGUGUACGUGUGACUGCCGUGUGCGCGGAACUGGACAUGCGUUUCUGUGUGGGUUGAAAAAUGGGGAGAUGAGUGGGUUCCUGUGCACGUGUCAUCUAUAGUAGCUUUAUCCAGCUCAUCAGUGAUGGCAGUGUGGUCUGUGCUGAAGCACUCUGGGACCAUGUCACCAUGGAUGACCAGGAACUGGGCUUCAAAGCUGGGGAUGUCAUCGAAGUAAUGGAUGCCACCAACAGAGAGUGGUGGUGGGGUCGUGUUGCUGAUGGCGAGGGGUGGUUUCCAGCCAGCUUCGUGCGGCUGCGGGUGAACCAGGACGAGCCUGCCGACGAUGACACGUUGCGGGCCGGGGACAGCGGGGCCAAGGAUGGAAGUGCCGAGGGGCAGAGCAGCAAGGACCAGAUGCGGACCAACGUCAUCAACGAGAUCCUCAGCACUGAGCGGGACUACAUCAAGCAUCUGCGGGACAUCUGCGAGGGCUACAUCAGGCAGUGUCGCAAGCGUGCUGACAUGUUCAGCGAGGAACAGCUGCGCACCAUCUUUGGGAACAUCGAGGACAUCUACCGGUGCCAGAAGGCGUUCGUGAAGGCGCUAGAGCAGAAGUUCAACAGGGAGCGCCCCCACCUGAGCGAGCUGGGCGCCUGCUUCCUGGAGCACCAAGCGGACUUCCAGAUCUACUCGGAGUACUGCAACAACCACCCCAAUGCCUGUGUGGAGCUCUCCAGGCUUACCAAGCUCAGCAAGUAUGUGUACUUCUUUGAGGCCUGCCGGUUACUACAGAAGAUGAUAGAUAUCUCCCUGGACGGCUUUCUGCUGACACCGGUACAGAAGAUCUGCAAGUACCCUCUGCAGCUGGCUGAGCUGCUCAAGUACACACCCCCCCAGCACAGGGACUUCAAGGAUGUGGAGGCAGCCUUACAUGCCAUGAAGAAUGUGGCCCAGCUCAUCAACGAACGGAAACGGAGGCUUGAAAACAUUGACAAGAUUGCUCAGUGGCAGAGCUCCAUAGAGGAUUGGGAGGGGGAAGAUCUCCUGGUCAGGAGUUCGGAACUCAUCUACUCGGGGGAGCUGACCCGUGUUACACAACCACAAGCCAAGAGCCAGCAGAGGAUGUUUUUCCUCUUUGACCACCAGCUCAUCUACUGCAAGAAGGACCUUCUCCGCCGGGAUGUGCUGUACUAUAAGGGCCGAGUGGACAUGGAUGGCCUGGAGGUGGUGGACCUGGAGGACGGGAAAGAUCGAGACCUCCACGUGAGUGUCAAGAAUGCUUUCCGUCUGCUCUGCGGCACCACGGGAGAGAGUCACCUGCUGUGUGCCAGGAAGCCUGAGCAAAAACAACGCUGGCUCAAGGCCUUCGCCAGGGAGAGGGAGCAGGUGCGGCUGGACCAGGAGACAGGCUUCUCCAUCACCGAGCUGCAGAGGAAGCAGGCCAUGCUGAAUGCCAGCAAGCAGCAGGCCACUGGGAAGCCCAAAGCCCUCAGCCGGCCCUACUACCUGGCACGCCAGAAGCACCCGGCACUGCCGGCCAGCCUGCCCCAGCAACAGGUUUUGGUACUGGCAGAGCCCAAGAGGAAGCCAUCCACCUUCUGGCACAGCAUUAGCCGGCUAGCACCAUUCCGCAAGUGAGCCAGCCCCCACCCGACAGCACCGUAUGGACCUGUCCCUCCAGUGGGCCUCCAGCUUUUUCUCCCUGAGGCCCACAGCAUGUGGCCUCCUCUGCCUGUCAUAUGCACUGGAAGUUACAGGCUGAGGGAGGGAACUGCUCGGCACCCCAUUCUUCGUUUCUUCCCCACCACUGGUGCACUGAAGACACCAGCUGGAGGGGCAGGGGCCCACAGCGGUGAGCCUUCCGCCACCCUCUGGACCUCAAUGGGGCCUCCUGGGAGCCACAAGCUCAGAGCCACCGGCCAGGCCAACACGCGUGAGAGGACUGGCCACUCUGGACCCUCUUCUCUGGACAUCUUAUUAUCCUUCCUCCUGCUGUCUCUGGGCAGACUGCCUUCAGCCCCUGCAAAGUUGGGCUGUGUGCCCCUCUGCCCUCCUUCAGGCCGCUGGUCCCCAGCUGGUGGUGCCAGGCAACUUGCAUCCCUGGAGGGUGGGAACCAGAAUUCUGUGCACAAAAAUGUCGGGCCCAGAGCCCACCUCUUUUGCCUCCCAGUCCCUCUCUAGACACUCCUGGCUGCUGGACACCCUCUUCACUUGUGAUGUGUUUAUAGUGGAAAGAAAACAAAACCAUAGUCACUGCAUACUUCUGUCAGGGUUUGUGACCAGUCCACGUGUAGUUGUGGGUUGACUCCAGAACCUGCUCCCAGUCUGUCUGGAUUGUUCUGUUUUUCUAACAUUGGGGAAAAAUAAUUGUUAUUAGUGACACAGAAAGAUUGCCUUACCCUAAGUGAGUGUGAGAAGCCAUAAGGACUGAAUUCUGUGGCCCAGCAUCCAGGACUGACCCACUAACCCAGAGUCCAGUGAGCAUGUGAGUUAAGAGGGAAGCCCAUGUCCUGUGCCGAGAAGGGUCACAAGUACAGCCAGGACCUGGCUUGUGGGUGCGGGAACACUGAGCUGCCCCUCUGGCCUAAGGGAAUUCAGCAGCAUGUACAGUCAGUCACUCUUGCACUAUACCUUCUCCAAGCCAGA